AUGGAGGAGGGCAUGAGCAGCAUGCAGCAGAAAGCGGCGGAGCUGGAGCACAUGGCCGAGGUCCUGCUCACCGGCGAGCAGCUCCGGCUCCGACUGCACGAAGAGAAGGUCAUUAAAGAUCGGCGGCACCACCUCAAGACGUACCCGAACUGCUUCGUUGCCAAAGAGCUGAUCGACUGGCUGAUUGACCACAAAGAGGCCUCCGACCGAGAGACAGCAAUUAAACUGGUGCAGAAAUUACUGGAUCACAGCAUUAUCCACCAUGUCUGUGAUGAGCAUAAGGAAUUCAAGGAUGUCAAACUGUUCUACCGCUUCAGAAAAGAUGAUGGGACAUUUCCGCUGGACAAUGAGGUGAAGGUCUUCAUGAGAGGACAAAGACUAUAUGAAAAGCUGAUGAGUUCUGAAAAUACUCUUCUGCAAGCCAGGGAAGAGGAAGGAGUCAAGUACGAACGGACCUUCGUGGCAUCGGAGUUCAUUGACUGGCUGAUCCAAGAAGGAGAGGCCACGACACGAACUGAAGCAGAGCAGCUUGGCCGCAGACUUUUGGAGCACGGGAUUAUACAGCACGUGUCCAACAAGCACCAUUUCAUGGACAGCAACUUGCUCUACCAGUGCAGAAUGAAUUUCCGCCGGCGGCGACGAUUAAUGGAGCUCCUCACUGAGAAAUCUCGCUUGAUGCCAGAAAGCCAUGACAGCCCAUUUUGCCUGCGCAAGCAGAACCAUGACAACAGAAAACACACCAGUUUUCUCUCAGUGAGUCCCACCAAGGAGAUAAAGAUCGUGUCGGCAGUACGGAGGAGCAGCAUGAGUAGCUGUGGCAGCAGUGGGUACUUCAGCAGUAGCCCAACGCUCAGCAGCAGUCCCCCUGUGCUCUGCAACCCCAAAUCUGUAUUAAAGAGACCUGUGACUGCUGAUGAGCUCUUGAUGCCUGGAGCCCCAUACGUAAGAAAAACUUUUACGAUCGUCGGCGACGCGGUGGGCUGGGGCUUUGUGGUGCGGGGGAGCAAGCCCUGCCACAUCCAGGCCGUGGACCCCAGCGGGCCGGCAGCCGCGGCUGGGAUGAAGGUUUGCCAAUUCGUCGUGUCUGUCAAUGGCCUCAAUGUUCUCCACGUGGAUUACAGGACAGUGAGCAACCUCAUCCUGACCGGCCCUCGAACAAUUGUGAUGGAAGUGAUGGAAGAAAUAGAGUCCUGA